UUGGAUCGCUUUUCGAGGACCCCUGCUCACUCCCCACGCCCAAUUUCUUUUCACCGUUUCUGUAGCCCGCCACAUGCCCACCACCGUCGACUCGUUCAAGGGUUCGUCGUGGACGUCUCAACGUAUAAAAGCAGUGGAUCUUCUUGGUAUCUCAUCAGUCGCAAAACAACGACGAGCCAAGUCAAUAGCAGCACCAUGAACGCUAAGCUUUUCAUAAUUUUCGCCCUCGUGGCAGUAGCAUUCGCCGAGGAAGGGGCGGAAGACACAGCCGCCGAAACGAAGAAGGACAAACGCGGGAUUUACGGGUUAGGAUAUGGAGGAUACGGAGGACACGGAUACGGUGGUGGAUAUGGUGGUGGAUACGGUGGUGGAUACGGCGGAGGUGUCUCUGUACUGACACAGCAAGUACCUGUUCCUGUUCCGCAACCUGUUGCUGUUCCCGUCGAGAGACGCGUUCCUUACCCAGUUAAGGUACCAGUCGCAGUGCCAGUAGACCGUCCAGUGCCCGUCCACGUACCGAAACCCUACCCAGUGGAGGUGACCAGGCACGUACCAGUGCCCGUUGACAGGCCAGUUCCAGUUCCAGUGAGCGUUCCAGUCAAGGUUCCAGUACCAGCUCCGUACCCCGUCAGAGUACCUCAACCCUAUGCCGUCCCGGUCGUGAAACCCGUUGCAGUCGCGGUCCAGUCGUCGCCCCAGGUCGUCAUCGAGAAGUACAACAGCGGUCACAGCGGCUGGUCCCCAAGUGGUUACUCUUCCUGGUAAACAACGCAACGUGGAUUUGGAGAGCUAGCUUUGUCUCGGCACUUCUGUUUUCAAUCGCUGUUGACGAUGUUCCUCAAAAUCAUUUCUCUACUGAAAAGUUCUGUUUCACCUGAACGGAGAAUUUUUGAGGAUAAAUUUUUCAACAGUUUGGACAAUGAUUUCAUCCUCUGCUUUUGGAUUUUCCUGUUUUUGUAAGUUUGACGAAGAAUGGCUCUCCUCGAUCUGGACCCUUCUGGAAGUCCAUGAACAAUCGUUCAGUGGAAGGGAUGGAAAAGAUCGCACUGACUUUAGGAAUAUUUUUGUAUUCUAUUCUUUUGUACAUGUAAAUCGACGUCCAUUGCAUCGUAGAAAUAAAGAAUUUUCGUACGAA